CAUUCAUUUCAUCAUUCAUUUUUCGUUGAAAAGUAACCUCACCGAAUAUUAAAUUGAUGAUUAAAAUUAAAAAGAACUCGUACUUACCACCGAAAUUACCACAUUAGUUUGUGAUAGUUAAUGAAGAUCAACAAAAGCUGAUACAAGAUGGCAGACGACAUAGACAUCGAGGAGCACGACAUCCUGGACAACCCUCGCAUCCAGGGCCUGCUGCAGAUCAAGGACGAGCCCAUUGACCUUGACGAGGACCAGUAUGAAGAAUCAGCAGUUUCAUACGACAGCUACGAUCAAUACAAGUACUACACGAAUGAAGAUCAAGAACAAACUAGCUAUAACCAAACAGAUAAUCCAGAAGAAUCAGAAAACCAAGAAAACAAUUAUAAUCUGGACAACCAAGAAGAUUUAAACCAGGAAGACAACAAUUAUAACCUGGGCGACCAAGAAGAAUUACAUAACCAAGACCUGAACAACCAAGAAGAUCUACAUAACCAAGAGUUAGACAACUUCAGCGUGACAGCAAACCCAGAAGAAUCUAACCACCAAGAGGUUUUCGAAGAAUAUUAUAACGAUGAAGAAUUAGGCGACCAUGAAGAAGAAUUGAUGAACUGUGAAAGUUUCCAAGAAUCUGAAAUUGAGGCACCAGAGGCAGAAGAAUACAUACCAGAUCUUUCAGACGAGAUAUACCAUUACAAGAACAAAAUCAUUCUAGGCACAAAGCCUUGCAAACGACCAACUAGAGACAUAAACGGUGCGUAUGUGUCUUUAGAAGACUGGAAAGAACGUUUAGAAAACAGUGACUGCUAUUGCAAGGAGUGUAUGACUCUUUUUGCAACACAAAAUGCAUUAGACGCCCACAAUAUGGUCGCUCAUUCGUUCUUAGUAGCGUUAGACAGCCCCGAAGAUUCCGAAUCUGAAAGCCCCACAGUUGAAGAAAAACCUGAAAACGCCCCCCAGUACUGUGAACAUUGCAAAACUUAUUUCCCUAGUCAAAUAGCGCUGAUACAGCAUCUCUAUGAUAUUCUACCUAUGAAUACUACGCCUCAACCAACCCCUGUAAAGUAUAACGAUUGUACAAGUACUAGUCAACGCAUAGUGUUCUCGUGUAAGCUAUGCAACUCAGCAUAUUUAGAUAUAAGAUGGUUCAAAGUGCACAUGAGAAUGGUACAUGAAAUGACGGAAGAAGGCAACUACGAAAAAAUGAUUUUUAACGGCGUUUGUAAAAUUUGCAAAGGGAGGUUUACGCAUUUGAAACGGUUUAACAGUCAUGUAAGAAUGAUGCAUAUAGAGAGAGACAAUUUCGAGCCAAGAGGUUCGUUGUUAAAAGACUUGUUGGAAAUUCCGAAGGAAAAAGUGAUAUCAAGUGAAACAGAAGAACCAGAAAAUGACCAAAGGAUUCAACACAUAGAAUCGAGUUCGGUUAGCACAGUUUCUAAAGUGGGUGAUGAAAAGCCUCGGUCUAAAGUGAAGUUUAAGUGUAUUAAGUGUAAGAAUUUCUUUGCUUCGUUGGGAAGCAUAAAACGUCAUCAGAAACGUUUUCACCCGGGUGAGAAUACAAUUAAACGUAUAACCAGCAGAAAAGACAUCCAAAAGUUACUCAAAAUAAAAUCGCAAACUUUAAAACGUGACAUAGAAAAACCACAACCGCAAUUUCCGAUAAAAGUGCCGGAAAAGAUUAAAAUCAACGACAAUUUGGUGCCGAAAAGUUGUGUUUUUAACUGCGACAAAUGUAACAUUAACUUCGUGACGUGUUGGUCCGCGAUUUUACACAUUUCCUGCGUUGAACUCACGAUGAUUUCACGCUACCAAUGCGACGUUUGCUGCAAGCAAUUCCGUCUAAGAGACAUGAAGAUUCACGAACACCAACAUAAGUAUAACGACGCGUUCCGAACAUACCCAAUUACUGGGAAUAUGAACUCAAAAAUGCUGUUUUGGUGUCAAAAGUGCGCGGUGUAUUUCGAAAUCAAAAAGAUUCAGGCGCACACACCCGUUUGUACAGGAACAUCUUCGUCGGUGCGUUGCAAACUGUGCGAUAUAGACGUGAGCGAUAUAUUAUCGCAUAUGAGUAAUCAUAGCAAACAUAAAACCAAAGCGGACUUCAUUUUUGUAGACGACGUCUUGCCUGAUGAAGAUUUGACUCCCCAAAAAGUCCCGGAACAAAUGAGUCCACUAAAAGAUAAACUUAAAGACCCAGAAAAGCCCACUCAAAAAAAUCUUAAGCGAAAGCAACAAGAUUCAGAACAUUCGACUCCGACUAAAAUUCCGAAGCUAGACAAAUACGAAUUUAUGUAUUGUGAGAAAUGUCACACCUGCAUGAAAACGUCUCGUGGCUUCCAUUCCACUGGCGAGUGCAAACGGUACACCAGCAAACGGAAUUGCGAAUUCUGCGGCCUUUUGUUCUUUGGGGGAAUCCCUAUGAAUUCACAUGAAGAAUUGCAUAAACAAUCAAACGCGAAAUUAAGAGAUUUCACAUUCGUCAACCUAGAAGAUAACAAGCCCAUAGUGCCGCAUAUUCCGGACUAUCCCAAAUGCGAAGAUUGUGAAACGUACUACUUAGCCAACCACCAGUGCGGUAGUUCGAAAACUUGCAAGCAUUGCAAGAAAAAGUUCUCCGAAUCCGUGUUCAAAGUGCAUCUACUCCACCAUAAAUAUUUGAAAGAGGAUGCCGAGGUGAACGAAUUGAUUAAAAGAUACGAAACCCUCGCUUCCACUUGGAAUAUUCUUUACUUUUGUAAGACUUGCCAAGUCGCUACAGAUUCAUAUGACGAUGUUGUAGUGCAUUGUCAGAACCAUUACAACAAUAUACACGAUACGACAACGUUGAGCUGCGACAUUUGUGUCUUGAGGCUGGAAGAAAGUUGUUACAAGCGACACAAGCAGCUUCAUUCACCGAAAAUAACGCGGGACUCAUUCAAAGCUGUGGAAUAUGACUACAAAAAUCUACUCAACGAAGACUGGUUGAAGCUCUUUGGCACGCUAUCAGAUGCAGAAGUGCACCAGAUUGUGUCGCGUAGUAUGUAUGUGACGCGCUUUGUGAAAAUGAGACUCAUAUUGAAUGGACCCCCAGAAUUAACUAUAUACAAAUGUGAGACGUGCAAACUGUACGUCGAUCCGCACUCCAUAUACAACCAUGCGACAACUUGUGCGCCUGCAGACAAUUUACCACACAGGAAGGCUUUCAGUUGCGAAUUCUGCGCCAUACCCUUUAGUACGCAGAACGCAAGGGACAACCACGAAAAACUGCAUUCGACGCCUAAUAUCACCGCGAAUUCUUUUAGAAUAGUCGCAUUUAACGAUGUAGCAGACAAAGAGUUCAAUAAGAAGUUGCAAGUUGACGCAGAAGCUGCGGAAUUCCAGCCGAAAACGAUUGUUGGCUCCAUCAAAAGUGGCGUAUUCUAUCAAUGCAACAUUUGCAUGUGUUGCUCGUCAAAUGCCGAGCCCAUACUGCGACACAAGUGUUUAACGAGUGAGGAGCUAGUCAAAUGCAAGAAGUGCCAUUUAGACAUACCUGCGGCAGACUUGAAAGACCAUAGGAAGUGGCAUAAGCGGAAUAAGGAUGUAACUAAAAGGCAGAUCAAAAUUGUGGCGAUAGACAACAAGUGUUUACUCAGAAGGCCGGUCAAAGAUGGCGAAGAAAAGCGACCGGUGUGUAAAUUGCAUCAAUGCAAAAAGUGCAAAGUGUGCUACUCGUUUUGGGUGCCACACCCUACGUGCCUCCCUCGGAAUCAACGAUGUCGUAUAUGCAAAUAUUUGUUCACCCCCAAAAGCUACGCUUUGCAUCGGCUUUGGCACGAAACGUAUAAGGACGCGACUAAAAAUGACAUCGUAGUCGUGCCGUUGUCGCGCAAAACGAGUUCGGAGAGCAAAGAGGAAAGAAAACUAUUCUUAAAAUCGAUAAGCAGACGCAGAAAAGAGCUGGGAGUUCGCCCGCCUCCCGUAUCUAAACCCAAACUUAAACCUAAACCAAUCUCGAAGAAACUAGUGGUAUACCAAUGUCAAUUCUGUAAGCUCUGUUCCACUACGCUAAGCUAUGUUAAGAAUCACGCCUUUUGCUCCAAAAAAUCCUAUCGCAGUACUUGCAAGAUAUGCGAUUUGACGUUCUAUUUCGUCGGAAUAAAGAACCAUAAAGCUUGGCACAUGGAAAACAAAAAACACAACAGACAGUGCAUCAAAGUGGUCCGAUUUAAGAACCAAAAGAUAUUAAAGAGUAAGGAUGAGGUGUCGACGAAACAAAAGACAUUGAAGAAAGAUGAAAUGGAAUCGACGAAACAAAAGAUAUUGAAGAAAGAUGAAGUGGGAUCGACGAACCAAAAGAUAUUAGUAAGCAAAGAUAAAAUUGAGUCCGCGAAUGAGAAUAUAUUAAAGAUAAAUGACGACGAGUCGACGAAUACAGAAAAUAACAUUGAGUUUAAAAAUCACAAGUAUUGGUGUAAAAAAUGCGGUUCUAGUUCAAAAGCUACGAUCUUUUUAAAUAAACACAAGUGUGCAACGACCAGAGAGUCUGAAUUCGUUUACUAUAGAUGCGAGAACUGUGAGGUGUGUGUCACUUCCAAUCGGCAUGACAUCUGCACUCCUGCUCAGCAUAUCAGGUCGUGUGCGAAAUGCAAGCUCAAAUUCUCAGUCCACAACCUAUUUGACCAUAUGAAGAAGCACGUUAGACACAAAACCAUGACCCGAGGGAAGAUCACUGUCAUACCAAUAUCGAAAUCCAAAAAUUCGGAAAAUUCUGCCGAAGGGAGUAACAAAUCUGUGGAGAAAGUGUCCACCGUAUACAAAUGCUCGUGCGGUUUACACUUUAUAUCCCAUAAGACUAUAGAAAAACACUUCACUGUGUGUUCUCCGGAUCACGAUAUACCUGCAGACAAUUGUAGCAAAUGUGGUCUUCUUUUCCCCACAAUACAUCUGGUUAGUCACCUUUGCAACCACCACAGCUACGGAAAAGGCACUAUUGAGGUUAAAACUAUACCUACCGUUACAUUCUACAGAUGCGGUUCGUGCAAGUGCUUGUUUAUGAAUGAAUCUCGCGUCUUGAAGCAUAACAAAUGCUGUGAUCCAAACAAUAUUAAAGGCACUCUAUGCGACGAAUGCGAUUUGGAGUUCCACGCGUCUGAAAUCAAAAAUCACAGGGAGUCGCACAAAACAUCGUCCGAUUUGAGCAAGCCCUGUCGCAUUGUGACUAUCAACGAUACCAAACUUGAUGUGAGCGAGCAAAUGGACGAAUCUGCAGCUAGGGACGCGGAAUAUUCUGAAUCGGAUGCCAAUUUGACAACUGACGAUCCAGUGACAGCUGACUUAGUUGAUGACGACAAGAAUGUUUACAGGUGUGGUCUUUGCGGCACUCAUUUCUUGAAACGGAACUCGGUGGAGAAGCAUAUCCAGUUAAACGCUUGCAAACCGGAACGCGCAGUGCCCUGUUCACACUGCGGUUUAGAAUUUAUGCCGCAAUCUCUAUUCAAACACGUUAAAUUACAUCACGAAGUUCAGAAAUUGACUAUUGAAGAUCUAGCUAUAUAUGAAUACAAUAACGUCGCUGAAAGACGAUUUAAUCGGGUAUCCAGUAAACCAAUCGCCCCUAAAACCCGAGAAGUAGUGAUAGAUCUGUAUAAGUGUCACGUGUGCGGUAUACAUUUCACGAAAGCAAUGAGCUUGAAAAAACAUUUAGCGGCUCUCAAUCAUGACAUCAAAAAGUACAUAUGCACGCUCUGCGAUUUGCCAUUCAACCACAGCUCGCUUAUGUUACACAAAGAAAAGCAUCAUAAUAGAAUGAUUGCUAACGUUAAAUGUAUAGCAAACAUCAUAAAUGAUAACGUUGAAUUUAGCGAAUCAGUGCAAAACGAUUCCGAACCUGACGAAACGGAAAACGGACUUGAAAAACAAGAAGAAAUUCAACCUCAGGAAUCCAAUGCGUCUGAGAAUGACCGAACGAAAGACAUAAUUUAUUAUAACUGCAAAAAAUGCGACGUCAUUUUUCUCAGCUUAAGAAGAUUGGAUAUGCAUUUUGAGGAUGAACACAGAUGCGUUAGCCUUAAAGAAACUUGCAAAGUUUGCGGUUUGACGAUCACCAGAAACUCUAUGGGAAACCAUAAAGAGCACCACGUUGGUAGAACGUCAGGUGUAUUUUUGAUACAAGACAUUGACGACGAAUCUGAUAGUGUUAACAAGUUGUACAAAUGCUUGGAAUGUGGUUACCACUUUCUGAAUUCGAGGACCGGAGUGGCGCAUAUGGUGAGAGGAGUCCAUGGAGCGAGACCGAUGGCUUGCUCCGAUUGUGGGUUGACUUUCUCCCACGUAGGCCUGAAAAUGCAUCAACGCGUUCACCAUAGGACCCACUCGCUGCGUCUAGAAGAUUUCGUGAUAGAUACCAGUAUUGGCAAGUAUAGGAGGCAUGAGUUUGGGUUUAAUGAUGAUUUACCGCAAAGUAGCUCGGAGAAGAAAAUUAAAACUGACGAUCCAGAGGAUACAGAUGAACAACAGAAUGCAAAAACUACUGCGAGUUCCACAAAACUUUACAAAUGUGGGACAUGCAACGUUUACUUCCUUACCCAAGCCACUUGCUACAAACACAUCAUUAAACACACGCCAAUGGACCCCAAAGAAUACAUAGAAUGCAAAUUAUGCAGUUUCCAAUUUAGGAUCGUAUCUCUGAACACUCAUAUCCGAAAACACCAUAAGACAGAUUUUGAGUUUGACAAAGUUUUGAUAGAGGAAUACCGACCUAAGACGGAGGAGGACAAGGUGCCGAAGAUUGAUAUCUAUUACGCUAAAGACAAGGUCCAGUCUCGCUUGAUAAGCACGACUACAGAUGAUGCCGUGGUUGAUUCUGCUGAAGUUUCUCAAAGUCAUGCGAUAGAAUUGAGUGACGAUUCGAGGGACACUGUAAUAAUAAGUGAUACUAAUAAUUUAGAAACUAAAACGGAAUUAGAUAGUGAUAAUAAAAAUGUGAUGGUCAAUAUACCUUCUUUGGCUGACGUGAAGGAAUCUAUUGCUGAUUUUAAAGAAUCUUUCGCUGAAGUGAAAGAAGAAAAUGACAGUACUGAUGUUAGAUUACAAACAAAUGAAGGCGUUCGGAAUUCGAAUGAAGGCGUCCGAAAAUCAAAUAAAGGCGCUCGAAAAUCUAAUGAAUGCGUUCGGAAUUCAAAUGAAGGCGUCCGAAAAUCAAAUGAAGGCGUUCGGAAAUCAAACGAAGGCGCUCGGAAAUCAAAUGAAGGCGCCCGAAAAUCAAAUGAAGGCGCAGGGAAUGUAAGUGAAACGAACGAUUCGACUGAAAAUGGAUACUCCUGUGCGUAUUGUCCUGAAAAAUUUGUUAGUAGACGAGCAAAAGACUUCCAUGAGGACUUAGACCAUUUGGACGCGUUGAAAGACUGUCCUAUUUGUAAAAAGAGCUAUCCAGCGUCCAUUUUAAAUGAACUUCACUUGCAAAUAACCUGUGGUAUGUUCACCUGCUGUGUUUGCGGGGAGAAGUAUAAUAAUGAUAUGUUACCGCACCAUUCUCAUGCGUAAUUAUUAUUUAAUUUUAAGUUUAAGACGUUAAAAAUGUGCUUUACUUGUUUCUUGAGG